GUCAAAUUUUUUUGUGAGUCGCAUGCUGGCAAAGCUGCGCAGGCACGCGGCCAGAAACGAUGGCCGGAAUUGAGCCCUGAUUCCAGCGGGCGCACGCGAACGCGUACAACGACAAACACUGAUAGAUAAGGGCUGCCCUCAUCAUGCGGCCACGGGGGGCAGCAAUGCUCCUCCUCGCAACGGCAGCAGCAGCGGUGAAGAAAGAAUGCGCCUGCAACGAGGUCUACGACCACAGCAAGCCCGUGACCGUGCCGAGCAACCUCACUAGUCCACUGCCGAAGCAGCUCGUCCUCGUGAAAGUGCCCGAGACCGGCUCCUCGACGACGGCGCAGCUGCUCGCGGACCUCGCCUCGAGAAGAUCUAUCCCCUGCUGGGUCCCGGGAGCGUGGAAAGGCAAUCAACCAUUGACCUUCGAAGAUGCGAUCGAAAAAACACCGAAGCAUGGGCCGAAAUGGGCCGUAGCUCAUAGGGGUGCUGGUGACUGGAUCCGAUCGAAUUUCAACCAGGCCUUCGUCAUCGGUACGGCGCGGAGCCCCGAGGCGCGCUUGAGGUCCUGGGUCUCGAAGCACCCGAAACGACCAUGUCAACAAGGCGCUUCUAUAGCAUUGAAAUUCUAUGGGAUUGCUGGGUCAUCUCGCACCAAUACGACGGAAGCGCUUUCACAAAUACAAGAGCGGUUCAAAUCCUGGUUCGUUUUGGAACGAUACAACGAGUCGCUGGUGGCCUUCGCGCUCAAGCACCGCCUGCCGCUGGGCGACGUGCUGCCCCCUUUGUCAAAGUACCACGGCGGGUCGAGGCACCGAGAUACGCCGACGUGCGAAGGGAACGCCAUGCGGAAACUCCUCGAGACGGAACGAGCGGUCCACGCCCACGCUUCAAGACAGCUCGAUGAGACUCUUGCUGAAUUUCGACGAGCGUUCGACGUCGACGCGUUAGUCGAGACCUUCGAGCACGCGCUCGACGGCAUGAUGGCUAGGGGCACGUGGCGCAACAAUAGCGCGACCGGCAUGGGCACCGGGACGACAUUACUGGUCGACGACUGCGCGCGUUCAUGUGCGGCCCAGGCGUUGGACGCGAAGGUACGGCUUCGGUACGAGACCAGCGACCAGGUCAAGGACGCCUCGGAGACGCCGGCGGGCUGGAACUUCCUGAAGCAGUACUUCCCGGGCGACGAAGCUAGGCCUCCGAAAGGUGGGGGCCACUGGUGACCGACUCCCUGCACGCCGUCGAGGCGACGUCGCCACCAGGACGCCAUCGCCGCGACGCGACAAUUCAUAGAUACUAACUUGUGACACAUA